GAGACUAAUUAAAUGAAUAAUGUGCGCGUCAUCUGUAAGUAAGAACAUAAAGCUGGAUGACGCAGAAGACGUUCGUAACACGUUACGUUAUAUGCUCGCCGUAAACUUAUAUGUAAGCCUGUACGUAACAGUAAACUUAAGUCAACGUACAAAAAAAAUUGUAACCUAUCAAAAGCGCGAUUAUACGUGGUUAGACACAUCAUCCUUGAAAAACAUCACAAGAACUAUGGUAGAAAAACCUUGAGUAUGCUGAAAAUGGUGAAGAUAUCAUGCAUCUCUGCUUCAGUUCUAGAGAUAGAUACUGCAGUCGUGAAGAUGAUUAUAUAAUUCUAUCUGGCAAUGAGAUACGUUACUGAAAUGUUUAAUGCUAUUCUAUUUUCUGGUUACAUUCUAUUAUUUAAUGACUUGAAAUCUAAUAACUUUUUAUUGUAUAUUCUCAGGAAAAAUCAAGACAUAUGAUAUAAGAGUAAGAUUCAGAUCUAAAAAAAAAGAAAAAAUGCUGCUAGCAGUGAUAAGCCCAACUGAACUGUCAACUAUUAAUUUCAUGGCAUCAAAACUUCAUCCACUCCUAGAAGAAUCAGUCGGAAUGUCUACAAAGGUUUUCUUCAAAGAUCUCGAUGCUAAAUUAACAUUUACACAGAGCUGUUUAAUGUUACCACAGGAAUCCGGUCUAGGUUGGCGCGUUCAUCCACACCCGUGUUCCCUAAUUAACCGCGGGAAAUAUCGACGACGCCCUCGAGUACACGUGGCAAGACCUUCCUCACCUGCGGGACGAUCGCCCGCCACGGAAGCAGGAAGAAGUCGGUUUGGCGCGCCGCGACGAUUUACGCGCGCAUGUUUCCCGCGUGACGGCGGCCGGCGGUGCAGCGGUGUGCAUAGCUGCGUGUUUGUAUGUGUACGACGGAUCAGCUGAGUGCCAGCUGUGCCGCGCACCUCGGCCAAUCAGCGGCGAGCGUACUGGCGGUCGCCGCUUGGACGUUCCCGCGAAACGCUGCGAGCUCGCAGACGCCAGUGCUCUUCGCGGGAAAGUUCACCGUCCGCUAGCGCGCGUCCUCGCGAUUAAUGCCCACCGGUUCGUAUCGUCGCAGUUGCGAACGUGAGUGCAUCGUCGGCUCUUGGCGUUGUGCAGCGUUGUGAGUGCAAACGCGAAGGGAAACACGAACUGCCCGGCGGAAAUACAGUGUGAAUAACGCGCGGUUGCGGCGGACUUUCCUACCUUCUGCUCGCCGGGAAUCGGUGAUCCUGGCCGCGGUUAACACGUCUGUCCGUCCAGCUGACGUUCGAUCGCCACAUCCAGGAGGGUAAAUACGGCGAAACGAAGCUGCCGCAACGCGGUGUUUCGCCGGAGGGACAUCGACCUCGCGCUCGCGCCCGGACACGUGGAAAAUUCGGCGCACAGUGAGAGAAGCACCGGAGAGUCGGGGAUCCGUGACAACGUCGUAUACCACGAAAAUCACCAAAAUUUGCCCCCGUUCUUUGAGGUUAUGUACCACUUAUAGAGGGCGUCGCGACACGAACAGGGGUUGGUCACAGUUUCGCGCGCUAGUCUCCCGCGCUUCGAGAUCCACGUCCCUUAUUUUCGGCGGAAUAUUGUUAAUUCCCGGCCCGGCUGCACUGCGGAGUGGCUUGUAAAAGAGCCAGAUGAAUUCGCCGAGCGUCAAAAUCGUCGUCCGGCGGGAAUUCUGAGUCGUAACACCGAAUCAAAGGCGGCCAAGUGGACGUGCGUUAAUGGCGAUCGGGUGCGCGUAGGCUUCGUGUCGUCCCUCGCUUUUCGGCAUUUUCCUGGGAAAACCGUCGCGGCCGGAUCGAGGAAAACGCGCGGACGUCAGUUCCAAGGACCCCCGGUGCCGGGGACGUAUAGAAAAAAAUUAUUCCAGCGGCAAACAUUUUCCGUACACGUUGGCAAUUUCGCGGCAAGAUGCCACAGACCAGUUUACAGGAGAAGAAGUCUUCGCAGACAUAUCUGCAAGGAGGCAAGACCCAGUCAUCCCUAAAACGUAAAAGGCGAGCAACAGAGAUCUCAGAGGACUCCGAAAAUAUAUAUCCUCCUAGCAAAGUACCGUCGUUGUCUCAUGUUCCUUACACGGAAUCCUGUCACAAUACACAAUCGGUUGACAGUGCGUGUACUCCCCAACAUCAAACGUCUCCACUGAAGGAACAACAGGAACCAGCCACAUGGUCGGAAUUGAGAACUGCGACUUGUUUCUUGACACCAUCAGCCUCCAACAGUUCGUCCAGUAGACCUAGUCCAUUACCAUCCAUUCCAUGGGCGGAUGGCUCUCAAGUGUGGUCUCACAUGUGCCUCGGGGAUCAGAAGACUCUAAUUCAAAGGGACCCACAAAUGUUCCAAAGGCAUCCGACAUUGCAGCCAAAGAUGAGAGCAAUCUUGUUGGAUUGGUUGAUUGAAGUAUGCGAAGUGUACAAACUACAUAGGGAAACUUAUUAUCUCGCUAUGGACUAUAUAGACAGAUUUCUGUCUAUUCAUCUCAAUGUACCUAAAAAUCAGCUGCAACUGAUAGGCAUAACUUGCCUUUUCAUUGCCUCCAAGGUUGAAGAAAUAUACCCGCCCAAAAUCGCAGAAUUUGCGUACGUUACUGACGGGGCCUGUACGGAGGAGGAAAUCUUGGGAGAGGAGUUGGUUAUCCUGAAAGGCCUCGGAUGGAAUCUGUCCCCGAUAACUGCUCCGGGAUGGCUCAAUAUUUACAUGCAAAUCGAGUCGGGCGAUUGGUCGAGGCCGAAUACCUUCAUAUAUCCACAGUACGGUGGAUUACAAUAUUGUCAAGCGGCUCAGCUAUUAGAUCUGGCGACGUUGGACGAGAGCAGUUUGAAGUUCCCUUACAGUCACAUAGCUGCGGCGGCGAUUUACCAUACUCAAGGAAGGGAGUGCGCGUUAAGGGUAUCCCGAUUGUCAUGGGAACAGCUCGCUCCUUGCGCCAAGUGGCUCGCAGCAUUCGCCACUACUCUCGCGGAAGAGGACGGUGAGUCCCUCCUGAGGUCUACGAUCACAUCCAUGGAGUCGCACUCGGGAUCUGGACUGAGGGCCACUGUACCUAAUAUAGUUGUGGACGAGUCGCAUCGCAUACAGACUCACGUAGUCGAUCUGAAGAUGUUAGACAAGGCGCAGCAACGAUUAGUUGGAGAAGUGCCCUGCGGCUACGUCAACGACUCGGAGACGACUAUCGAGUCCGGUAGGCAAAGUCCUAACGAGAGUGGGCUCUUGACUCCACCGUCUAGUAGUCAGAAAAAUUCUCCUGUACCGUCGCCGUGUCCCACGCCACAACUGCACCCUUAUACGUAAUUUAAUAUUUGCAAACGCUUAAUAUUAUAUGAUAAAUUGUUAUGUAUUGCCUAUACGUCAAUUAUAACUCGGUAAUUACGACGAUGCUUGUGGGAGCGUGAUCCAAGUACUGUAGUAGAAGCAUUGCCACAUGCAAAUAAGGAAAAAAUUUAUGUUUUAAUAUAUAUAUAUAUAUAUAUGUAUACAUAUAUAUAUUUUAUAUGUAUAUAUAUAUAUAUAGUUUUUUUCGAUAAGGCUAAUAUUCGCAUCUGAAGUUAUAUAUUUCCUAAUUGCGGACAAUCGGAGCCUGGUAAUAAUAAUAAAACAGGAUGUUUAAUAGUUUUUAAACACUUACUAAAAAAUAAUGCGGAAUUAAUGCGACAUCACGUAUUUUUAUUACGAAUGGUCGAGAUAGCGCUCUAGAGUGUCAAAGCAUUUAUAAACUUAAAUAGAAGCCGUGACUACAUCGUUAGCUUCUAUGAUUAUUAUCAUCUUAUAUUUACUAUCCUCAAGAUGCGAGAUAAGCAAGACAAAAAUAAGUGCCUUAUUAGUGCCCGUAAUGGAGGAAAGGAAAUAUCCUUGAUGAAAUGAAUUUCUACCUGAUUUUUGAGAGGAAAAGAUAUAAAAAUGUGAAUAGUAUUCUUUUAUAUAACUCGCUUUACUGUAAUGCAAUGUAUUGCGGCGAUGCAUUACCGAGUUGAAUGAAUGUAUUUUUAUGUAUAUGUGAAGUUCCAUUAAAAAAAAAAGAAAAAAAAAGGAGGUAUAUUCUUGUUCUUAAAUCGAGCGUGAGUGGCGAGGGAUGCAUGUGAGGGUCGAGUGAGAUGGCAAAAUAGUAAUAUAAUAAUAAUAAUAAUAAUAAAGAUGAAAGCCGACUAAUAAUCUUUAACGAGUUAAGCAUUAUAAAAUUUUGUGGUGAAUUUGCACUGCCCAGUAUGUACUAACGUGGCGGUUUAUACAUUGUAUGAAGAGUUUGACAAUAAACAUUUGUAAACUUACA